CAACACAACACAACACAACACAACAAUCUCUCUCCAUUCUCUCUCUCUCUCUCACAACACAACACAACACAACACAACACAACACAACUCAACACACAAAUAUGUCCAAGAAAAUGAAAAUGCCAUCACUCUUCAAGUACAAAAACCCCAAGCAACCAUGGCAAUGGCCCUCUUGCAACAACCCGGCCACCCUUUCGUUCCGAGCAAGCAACGACGACGUUUUCAAGACCGUAAAUUCCGUGUUCCUCGACACCUCCGACGGCCUCGACACCCCCGACUCUUGGUUCACUAACUCCUCAGAGUGCGCCAGCACCACUUUCUCCACUGACGACCACUCUGAGGAAAACAACAACGACAACAAGAACAAAAACGACAAGGCGCUAGAGAUGAUCAUCCGAGACGUGAGGAGGUCAUCGGAGAGGCUCUUCUUCGAGCCGGGCGACACAAGCAGCUCGAUCCUCCUCGACAAGGAGCCCGAGACGACAAAGAAGGCCGCGGAGGCACUUCUGCCGUUCGAGGAGAGCGUGGCGCUGGCGAUGGAGUCGGAAGAUCCUUACAUGGAUUUCAGGAAAUCCAUGCAAGAGAUGGUGGAGACCCAUGGAUUGGAGGAGUGGGACCGCUUGGAGGAGCUUCUUGGAUGGUAUUUGAGGAUGAACUCCAAACAAAACCACGGAUUUAUCGUUGGCGCCUUCGUCGAUCUCCUCGUCGGGACGGCCAAGGAUCCUUCCACAGCCAUUUAUCGCUCCGAUUCGACCUCCUAUUCUUCUGCUGAUUCUUGCUUCUCCUCCCCUCCUUCCCCUGUUUCUUGUCGGGAUCGGGUUGGGGGAGGAGGAGAUGCCAUUAAUGUACAAUCUUAGCCUCUAAAUUAUGUAUCUAUUCCUCCCACAUUCGGUGUCAAUACUACAACUAGGCUAUGAGAAUCUAUGCUUUUUUCCUCUCUCGAAUUACACACGAAAUCAUUAGUACUACUAAUUGAUAACAUCGGGCGUAGUUUGUACUAAAUUUAAGAACCGUUAAUAUUAACAUUGAGUGUUUGGACACGUUA